AUGUUGCCAGCGAAGAGACCCAAAGUGAUUAAUGCCUCCGGCAACCAAGCCUCUGAAGUAGAAAAUGGUGAAUUUUCUCAGAAACUUUCCAAAAUAUUCAAAUUUCAGUGCGUCUUCCUGAGCCGGUUGGUGCUGGAGCGAAUGUACAGCAAACCCUUCCGAACCCACCGGCAGUAAACGGAGCAAAUCGUAAGUUCUUCUGAGACUUUUGGAAGAAUCAAACUUUCAGCGCCUAAUCCAAUUCAGCCGGUUGGUGCUGGAGCGAAUGUACAGCAAACCCUUCCGAACCCACCGGCAGUAAACGAAGCAAAUCGUAAGUUCUUCUGAGACUUUUGGAAGAAUCAAACUUUCAGCGCCUAAUCCAAUUCAGCCGGGUGGUGCUGGAGCGAAUGUUCAGCAAAUCCUUCCCAACCCACCGGCAGUGAACGGAGCUAAUGGUAAGUUUUUCUGACACGGGGAGUGCGAAAGGUCGAGGUUUUGGAACUCGAUGAAGCUUUGUAGAUAUAUACUUUUGAACACCCUGAAUCCAAAAAAGUUGAAAAAAAGUGCGCCUUUUUGGUUCUAGUCGAGAUAUGGCGCUUCAAAAUUUGCACGCAAAAAGCGCAAUGGAUGGAAGGAAGGAAUGUGUUGCGGCGGUUAACUCCAGCUGUCAGCAGGCAACGUGAUGUAAUGGCUAGCGGCCUUGCGCUGUGGAACCUGUGAUCCAGGUUCGAAUCCUUUUUGGUGCAAUUUAUUUUUUCCAUUUUUUUUCUUGGAAAAAAUGAUGAAGUUUUGAAGAUGGGUUGUAAAAAACGUUCAAAAUGUUGAAAUUCGCUUUUUUUAUGUCGUAAAUUUUAUCAUCACCAACUUUUUUCGGAAAAUAAGGAAGAGAAAUAUGUUGCAUACAAUUUUGAACUUUUCAUUCGUAUCAUUUUUUGGAGAAAGAGUCUACUGACAACAAGAAAUGAUGGAAAUAAAACUUUUUGUAGAAAAUCUUGCUCAAAACGACAUAAAAAAAGUGAAUUUCCACAUUUUGAGCGUUUUUUUAACCCAUCUUUAAAACUGUUUCAUUUUUUUCCAAGAAAAAAAUGGCAAAAAUAAAUUGCACCAAAAAGGAUUCGAACCUAGAUCACAGGUUCCAUAGCGCAAGGCCGCUAGCCACUACGCCACGCUGCCUGCUGGCGGCUGAAGUUAGCCGCCGCAACACAUUCCCUCCUUUCAGCGUUUUUUUCGUGCAAACUUUGAGGCGCCAUAAAUCGACUAGAACCCAAAAGGCGAUUUUUCCAACUUUUUUGGAUUCAGGGUGUUCGAAAGUACAUAUAUACAAAGUUUCAUCGAAUUCCAAUACCUCGACCUUUCGCACUUCCCGUGUGAGACUUUUGCAAGAAUCAAACUUUCAGCGCCUAAUCCAAUUGAGCCGGUUGAGGAUGGAUUAGAUUUUCUGGGAUUUUUUCAAAGAAGUCAAGAAGAACCCCAAAAUAAUCGUAUGUGCUUCUGAGUAUUUUGCGAAAACCAAAUUUUCAGGUCCUGUUCAAGAUGAGCUGGUACAACACCCUUGGAAUGUCUGUGGAUACGUUCCAAGAGAGCCGGUAGAAAAAUCAGAAGUUAGAACCGCUUUGCAGUGGCAAGAAGUGGGUUACAAGAUCGAAGAGAUCAACAAGAGUGAGAAGAGCCUUUUGAUAGAAGUUUUCUUCCAUGAUACUCGCCCAUCUCAAUUGUAUUAUUUUUGCAGAAAACGAGAAGAGCUUUAACGUUUUAUCAGAAUGAUAAACAUUUGUCAAAAAACUUUCUUUUGUCCUGGCUGGAAAGAAAGCAAUUCGUUACAAGUGAGCUUUUCAUCAAAACAUCAAGGCGUCUCUUCCGGCUUGAAACGACAGCACUGCGUCAAUUUAAAAUUGUGACUCGUAACCUUGGAAUUUUAGAGUUGUCCCUAUAACAGUUAGGGGGGCGGGGGGGGAAUAUCCCUCUAGGGGGCCGAAAAAAAGUAGGCCCUAUGGGGAUAAAAUCCAGGUGGUCUCUAUAUGAGUUUAAAUUCGGACUCCUUAGCCUCUAAGCUUGAGUGGUCCCUACAGGGGUUUUCCAAUUUUUUUCAAAAAGGGUUAUUUGUUUAGAUUUUUGCGUGGAAAUUCUUCUUUACAUAGAAUUCAUAAAAAUUAUCGACUAGCAUGUCCCCUAUGAGAGUUACUAGCUGAUUCCUGUGAGAAUCCACUCCUUCAAGGGCUUGUGGAGUGAUCCCUAGAAGGGAUCCUUCAAGAGCCGUAAUGUUGCCCCUAUAGGGACCACUCUGGAGUUCCUAAGAACAGUUUCGAGGAGGCAAGCGCGAAUUCAAAACAAUUUCGAGAAGCCCCUCGUGACUCUUUCUGUUUUACAUUUUGUAUUUUUUUCAUUAUGAAAUAGAAAAAAGAACACAAAAAGCUUCCUCGCUUUGAUACCGCGUUUGUCAUGAAAGAUCGUUUCAAGCUGUUAAUUUUUUUCAUUGCAAGAUUAAUAUAAAUUAUUUUUUUAAUAGACUUGGAAGCUCGUUCGAAAACUCUUAUUCGUUUGAUUGAGAAUCUCAGUGAAGAUAUCGAAAUAGUUUAUCCCUGGAUGUCCCUCGCGCAGAGUUCCAGGAAGUUGGAUAACACAAUAACUAAUGAAAUUAAAAUAAUAAUUGACAGCUGGGGCAAGCAAAUCGUCGUUCCCCCCUGUGAUGAUAAGCCUCAAAAAGCGACUUCAGGCUGUGAGGUUGGUAGCUCGAAAAAGAAUCUGAUAUGGAAAUUCAUAUUAGUCUGAGUUCAGAUAUCUCUAUAAAAUUGCUUAAACAACCUAUGAUGGAAUGAGAAUCUUCGAACAACCUUUUUGUUUUGGAAAUAUCAUUUUUUAAAGUUUUUAUUGACAUUUUGAUAUAUCAAAAUGUCAAUAAAAACGACCAUUGGAAUCAUGAUGACAUUUAAAAAAAAAAAUAAAAUUAGACAUUGAAUUUCAAACGAUCUCUCAUUAUUAUGACAUGCUGAUCUGUCAAAUAGACACAUUUUGACUUUUCAUUCAGCCAAAAUUCUAACAUUCCAUAUUUUGGAUAAAAUGGUAUGAAAUUGUUGACCAAAAGAUUGAUCGAAAGAUAAUUUCUUCAAAGUCUAGUCCAUAUGCCUUUAAAGUAAAACAUGAGUAUCAUUAGUCGUCAUUUAUACUAAAAAUAAUAUUUCAUUUUGAGAAAACUUUAAAGGAUAAAACUGACCAGAGAGCCUACUUUGAAGCGUUUUUCAGAGAUCUCUCAAACGGCCUCAACCGUUUUCCAAUCCCCAUGUUCGCAAAAUUUGAAACGGAAAAAAAUGUCACUCUACCGUUGACUUUUUGCUACACUAAUACCAAUAGAAACGAUGUUCAUCCUGCCUUCGGACUGUUUUGCGAUGACUUGGGAAAGCCUCUUGUAGUAAGUUUCCAGAUUUGAUUUUUUUUUUCUCUCAAUAAAUUUUUGAGAAUCUGAAUGAAAAAGCACAGUCAUUUUGUUUCAAUUGUACAUAGUCAGGGUGGCACGGAAGAAAUUUGCGGAAGAAAACUUGAAUUGAAAUUUCAGCGGUGUAAAAUUUUUUUCAUCGUAAAAAAGUUGAUGAUAGUGAAUCUAGGAGUGUUUGGAAAAUGAAAAUCAAAAAAACUAUUUUAAUUAAGCUCUCAUCGUUUAGAAACAUCCGAAAAUGGCACUUCCUUCCGUCUUCCGUCUUUCGUAAAACUGUUUUUGGACUUUUUCUAAAUGAUGGUACCCUUUUUAAAAAUAACUUUUCGAUAUUUAUCUUCAAAAUGCACAUAAGUUCACUAUUAACAACUUUUCUCCGACGAAAAAAACCUUGUCUUUCAAAAAUUCCGAUUCAACUUCAGUUCCGCAAAUCUCUUCCGCGCAACCCUGAUUGUAGUGCUGUUCUCACAGCUGGGUACGACUUUAAGAAAAUUUCUCACGAGGAGUCAUGAAAUUCACCCUUUUGAUGAGGCUUUUGAAUCUAUUCUUUUUAAAUAUUUGUAUCUCGGUUCGAAACUACUGCACGUGCGAAGAAGACGACGAUGGGAACGGCUGUUGGGGAAAUUCAAAUUGUCCAUGUUACAAGCUCAAUGAACGCAUGAAGAACAUGUCGCUCAGCAGUAGACCAAUGGAAUUUGUAUUUUGCUUCACUUCUUCUCUUCAAAAUCAAACUCUUUUCAGUCCACUUACCGGCCGUGUAUCAACUUCGAUCCAAAAAAAGAUGAUUUCAUCACUAAAGUCGGGUUUGCCUGUGGAUCUUAUUGCUCUUGCAAAGGAAAGUGCGGCAACAAUGUUCUGCAGCACGCUAAAAAUCCCAUCUACGAGUUAGUUUGCAGUUUGAACUACAAUACUUUCUUUUUUGAGUUGUUCAGGCAGUUGAACAAAAAUUAAGGAUAGAGAGGAACCCUAUACAUAAAAAUCAAAACAUAAUUUUUGAUGAGUUUAUUAUAUAAUAUAUAUUGAUGAGUGAUCGAUAGGCCUAUCCAGUAAUCCAGUAUUAAAGAAGUUCUAAACUUAGAGUGUGCAAAGCGGAAAAAGCGAGAAAACGGUAUUUUUACGAUUCUCGCUAUUUAAAUUUUCUUAUGCUGUAAAAAACUCAAACAAGAGAUAAUCCAAUGAUCCAAAUUGCCUAACGUUGCAAAUUUUUUCACAAUUGAGAGUCUACAACCCGUCCAAUGAUCUCUAAUUAGGAAAAUAUUGAGUUUUAAAUAAAGUGCGCAAGGAAUUAUGGAACACCCUAAUAAUUUAGGUUUGAAGUGUCUUGGCGAAAUAUAAGAGUUGGCUUCGGACUUAAAGCAAUGACAUUUAUCCCGGCAGGUGACCUUAUUGUUUUUCUAUUUCUUUUUUUUUUGAAAAAAAAUUUUCAGGAUCUCCGAUUAUGCAGUAUACCGGCUUUAUUCGUAAUCAUUGCACAAGAAGAAGCUAUAGUUUGAAGCUUCAUGAUCCGAAAAACUUGGGUCCCUUAGCGGAGAUCUUGAAAGAAAAUUUGCACCCUAUAAUCAUGGUUUACAUUUUCGAGUUUUUCUCAAUCAAGCAAUUAAUUUUUUUCCAGCGGUAUUACUCUAACGAAUAUUAUGUGGAUUUGUGGGAAAUUUCGAACGUUGCCCGCUUUUUGAAUCAUGGAUGCUUUCCAAACGUUGCAUGCUACAGGUUGGGAGAAGCCUUUGAUGCGUUUGAAAAAUGAACCUUCCAGAGUUUACGCUAACGGACUGACCCCGUAUGAUGCGAACAUUGUUCUUGUUGCCCUCGAGGAUAUUCUCCCUGGAACAGAAGUCUGUUGCAAAUAAAAAUUUCGAUAAACUUUCAAUCUUUUCUAGCUGCUUAUGGACUUCGGUCCGGACUACCUGAAGGGCUGCACAAAAACUGGGGUCUGCGGGUGCGGAGGCUUAGGCUGUCCGAGCAUGACCGAUGUGAAGACUCUCGUCAAAUUCGAUAAUGACGCGGUUUGUGAAAAAAUGAAUACAUUUAUUUUGACCAUAUCAAGAUGAAAAAUUUGCUUCGUGUGAGGCAAAUGCGAGUCAAUGGACGGCGGGAUGAAUUGGUUGGAUACGAGAGUAAGUUUUUGAUAUUUAUAGAAAAAAAAACAAUCCUUUGUGUCAGUAAACUUUUAGCUGGAAAAGUUUUGAAGUGUUUUUACGAACAAUCUCAAAACGAAUAAUCCAAUCAUUUAGGUGAUCCUCUCGCCCCGAUCAUGGUGUGA